AUGGCGAGAAGAUACGACUCACGGACCACCAUUUUCUCGCCUGAAGGACGACUUUACCAAGUUGAAUAUGCACUGGAAGCUAUUUCCCAUGCCGGCACUGCCCUUGGAAUCCUGGCGAAAGAUGGGAUAGUUCUUGCUGCUGAGCGGAAGGUCACCAGCAAGCUGCUGGAACAGGACACUUCAGCAGAGAAGCUCUACAUAUUAAACGAUAAUAUGAUAUGUGCCGUUGCUGGGAUGACCGCCGACGCAAACAUCCUUAUCAACUACGCCCGCCAAGCCGCGCAAAGAUACCUCCUAACAUACAACGAAGAGAUCCCUUGCGAACAAUUAGUACGAAGACUAUGUGACCUCAAACAAGGUUAUACCCAACACGGUGGUCUGCGUCCUUUCGGUGUCUCGUUCAUUUAUGCUGGUUAUGAUUCUAGGGGCCAGUUCCAGCUCUACCAAAGCAACCCGAGCGGAAAUUAUGGUGGAUGGAAGGCUACGAGCGUUGGUGCAAAUAAUGCCAGCGCACAGAGUUUACUAAAGCAAGAUUACAAAGACGACUGCGAUUUGAAAGAGGCUUGUGGGAUGGCCGUCAAGGUGCUGAGUAAGACGAUGGAUUCAACGAAGCUCAGCAGCGAGAAGAUCGAGGUUGCGACAGUCGGGAGGACGAAGGAUGGCAAGAUCUAUCAUCACCUCUGGGGAGGUGACGAGAUAGACGCCUUGUUGAAGGAGCAUGGUCUCGCCAAAGAUGCAGAGCAGCCAACCGGGUAG